AUGCUGGCCAGCUGCCGCCGCGUGGAAGAGUACGAGAAGCUGAACCGCAUCUCUGAGGGAACCUACGGCGUCGUGUACCGGGCGCGGGAGAGGACUACGGGUCGCAUCUGCGCGCUGAAAAUGGUGCGCAUGGAGAAGGAGAAGGAGGGCUUCCCGCUGACUUCCAUCCGCGAGAUCAACAUUCUGCUCAGCUUCCACCACCCCAACAUCGUCGACGUCAGCGAGGUGGUUGUGGGCAGCAAGCUGGACGACAUAUUCAUGGUGAUGGAGUACAUGGAACAUGACCUCAAGGCCCUCCAGGACUCCAUGUCCAAACCAUUCACCGUCUCCGAGGUGAAGUGCCUGAUGCGCCAGCUGUUUGCAGGCAUCGCCUACCUGCAUGACAAUUGGGUGCUGCACCGAGACCUCAAGACCAGCAACAUCCUCUACAGCAACCGCGGAGAACUCAAGAUCUGCGACUUCGGCCUCGCCCGCCAAUUCGGGUCCCCCCUGCGCCCCUACACCCACAACGUCGUCACCCUCCACUACCGCGCCCCCGAGUUGCUGCUGGGCACUGAGAUGUACUCCACGCCGAUAGACAUGUGGUCGUUGGGGUGCAUCAUGGCGGAGCUGCUCACCAAGGAGACACUAUUUGUAGGGGAAAGCAAGAACGGGUCUGAGAUUGCCCAGAUCAAGAAGAUCUUUGACAUCGUCGGCACGCCCAGCGAGGACAACUGGCCUGGCCACAAACAGCUCAAGAACAUGGACAAGUUCAAUUUCAUGACUCAGCCGCGCAACCGGCUGCGCGAGCGAUUCCCUCUGCCAGGCACAACGCACGACGGCCGGAAUCCCCUGUCGGCCGAGGGAUUUGCACUGCUCAACGGCCUGCUGCAACUGGACCCCUCUCGCCGCCCGACUGCCGAAGAAGCCCUCAACCACCCUUGGUUCUCGGAGCAGCCACUGCCAAAGGAGCGGGCGCUGAUGCCGACCUACCCGGAGAAGGGCCCGGGCAGUCUCCCCAAGCACAAGAGCCAGCCGCAGCUGCGGCCCUCGCCGGACGAUCCGGUCCUGAGGGCUGCAGAGCUCGCCAGGUUGUUCUCCAAAAAGUAG